AGUCGAGUUAGCUGUGCAUGGUGGCUUGACACAUUAUCAAUUGCAAAGCGUUUCACUCUGGCUUUCCACUUUCACCUCUAAAAGAUCUUUCACUUGGCUGUAAAACUCAAUGACAUAUCCCUGAGAAUCUCAAAACUGGUUCGCUCACAUUGCACCACCUAAACUUUUACGCACUUGGACCACCAUGAAUUUCGAGGUGUCGUCCGGGAUAUCAAUAUCCAACAUCGGGAAUGCAGAACUCCGAUCUGUCUAUGGUGACAUGCAUGCACAUCGAGAUGCACAGAUGAUGGCCGAACAUGUCGCAUCCCUUCAUACACACCAUAUCAUCGACGAUGCUAUGGCCGCAGAGCUCUUGAAGCCAGUCGUUCAGCAUCGAAAUUACACCAAGCAAUAUCUCGGAACGCACCCAGACUACACUGGUUUCCAACCCGAGAUGACCACUGUCGCCACCGCACAUCGACAUCAGAAGCAGCGAGACAUGGAGAUGAAGAAGUUUGUCAAAGAUUUCAAGGCUGGCAGGAUCGAUGAGGACGGGAACCCCAUUUCCCAAGACGAUGUCAUUGACACUGUUGAUAGCGAUGGCGAUAGCGAUGAUUCGGAACUGACGGACAUUUCUGAGCUCGAGGCCCGUCUGGAAGAUCCAGCACUCAUACAAAUGCCCACACGUCGCCGCAUACCGUCUCUUUCAACUCCAGCACCACCGCAACCAUCACGAAAGUCGUCGGUUCGGAAGCAGGCAUUUAGGGUGGAUCGACUACAGCCCCUGCAUGAUGGCGAGGACUAUUCGCAAUACAAGUACUUCGCACUCCUUGCUGUCUGCCGCGAUCGACAGAUCUUUAGCGGUAUCGGUAACACACAGGAAGUUCGCAAUCGCCUGAUCCAAGACGAUAUCAACAUCCAACAAGGUCUACCUCGUGAUACUGCGGAGUGGAAAGCCACCACUCGAAAAGGCUUCAAGCAUGGAGUGCCGGAUGCGCUCAAGCGCGGCACGAAGAAUGAGAAGAAGUGAAUAGGUUUUGAUGUUCACUAAGUGCAUGAAGUCCUUGGACUCAAGAAAAAGCUUAGGAAUAAGUCGAUGCUAUUAUGCAGUC